UAUUUAACAUAGACGAUUGCGUUUGUAAAGGCUUUUCUCCCGCAUGGCACUGCCCGUAGUGCUGUGAUGGCGGGGAUGGCGCCAGCUUGUACCUCCAAAACUGCGUCAUCAGCCUCAACAAACAACCACCAUCCUGAAAGCCACAUACAGAAAUUACUCACACACCGCAACCUAGAUCCUAUGUAUUAUUCGACUGAGACUCCGAUUGACAUUCCUACACGCUCAAGGGUCUCACCAUAGUUCUCAGCAUAGCCGAAGUAUCGAUUCAAGCUUUCGCAUACUGCCGUCAUCCGACCCAAACCUACCUCUGGAAGUAUUCCCAUGGCUUCAGCCGCCAAUCUGUCAGCCUUGCCAAAGUCGAAGGCGCAUACGGAAAAUGGUCCCACAGCCACCACUAAGCCCUCAGAAGAAGCUGGAGCCGCUUACCACAACGAAAUCACAAUACAGGACAACCCAUAUUUCGAACAUCCAGAUCAACUAGAAUCAACUGGACCAAAAUACAACAAAAACAUCGAGGACCUCGUGAUUGUCUGCUGUCAUGCCAUCUUCCACCCUAACGUCGAAGCUCCUGACUUCCCCACACACAACCCUCACGAUGAAGGCAACUGGCACCUAGCGCCUUUCCAGAAGUCAGAUCCAGCAACGGGCAAGCCUGGCGAGCAUCAGACGUUUCUAGCGCAUAUCCAAGCCAGCCUCGACAUCGUGACUACUGGGACCAACGCCACCUGGAAGGAAGACGUGCCGUGGAACCAAGACAGCACCAUUCUCGUAUUCAGCGGUGGCGCUACGAAACGGAAUCUCACAUCAAUUAGUGAAGCUCGCUCCUACUACCAUGCAGCGCUAGCUCAAGAGCUCGGUCAAGGCCACAUCGGUGGUGGCCGUGCCCACCAACUUUACAGCAAGGGACGGAUAUUGCUUGAAGAACGCGCUACCGACUCCCUCCAGAACCUACUGUUCAGUAUCCUAUUAUUUCGGCAGACAAUUGGGCGGUAUCCUAGAAACAUCCGUGUUAUCACACAUGCAUUCAAGUCGAAACGCUUUCUUGAACUGCAUGCUCCUGCGAUUCACUGGCCCAAAGACCGAAUACAAGUCCAAGGCAUCGAUCCAGUCAUGUCCAGUGCUGAGAUCAAGAGUACGUUGGAAGGAGAAGAGAAGUUCGGAUACGCUCCCUGGACGCAAGACCCACUGGGGACUGGGGAGGUACUCGGUGGGAAGAGGAAACAGCGGGGAUGGCACGAAGAGCAGGCGAAAGAUCUCACAGAGGGGCUAGAAGAGAGCGUCAAGAAGCUGCUUGAUGGAAAAGUAUCUGAGGGGCUACCUUGGGCGCACCUGCCAAAGCGAGAAGUAAAGGCUUCGACUGGACCACCGCCUCUCCGCUACUAGUUGCAGCG